AUGGCAGAUUAUAACCACUCCUCUUUCCAACAUCGUUACUUUGUCUUAACUGGAAUUCCAGGGCUUGAGCAAAAGUAUUACUGGAUGGCAUUCCCAUUGGGGGCUGUAUAUGUCAUUGCCUUAUUUGGCAAUGGCAUCAUCAUCUCUACUAUCAAAUCGGAAUUGUCCUUGCAUAUCCCUAUGUACUAUUUCCUGUGUAUGCUUGCAUUGGCAGACAUGGGACUUGCCCUGUGUACUCUGCCCUCGAUGCUGGGCAUAUUCUGGUUUAACUACAAGUUCAUUGCCUUUGAUGCCUGCCUUGUUCAGAUGUACUUCAUCCACACCUUCUCAGCCAUUGAAUCAGGGGUGCUAGUGGCCAUGGCCUUCGAUAGGGUUGUGGCAAUCUGGAACCCUCUUAGGUACAGCACCAUCCUAACCAAUAGGGUGGUAUGCAAAGUUGGGGCUGUCAUCUUGACGAGAGCAGUCUGCGUGGUCUUUCCGGUGCCUUUCCUCAUCAAAAGACUCCCUUUCUACCGGUCCAACAUCCUCUCCCACUCCUUCUGCCUCCAUCAAGAUGUCAUGCGUCUUGCCUGUGCCAGCACCCGAGUCAACAGUCUCUACGGCCUCAUUGCUGUCAUCUUCACUAAGGGUUCUGACUCCCUGUCCAUCCUUCUCUCCUAUGUGUUCAUCCUGCGAACAGUCAUGGCUAUUGCCUCCGGGGAGGGGCGGCUGAAGGCGCUCAACACUUGUGUUUCACACAUUUGUGCUGUACUCAUCUUCUAUGUGCCGCUCAUUGGGGUGUCUGUCAUUCACCGCUUUGGAAAGCAUCUUUCCCCGCUGACUCACGCUCUCAUGGCUAAUGCCUACCUUCUUGUACCCCCUGUGCUGAACCCCAUAGUCUACACUGUGAAGACCAAGGAAAUACGAAGAAAGAUCAUCCAGAUAUUUGUUCAUACCAAGGUGACUGCAGAGGGCUAG